AUGGCGCUGCCCUCUCCACCGGCCUUUGGCUACCUCGCCGUCUCGCGCUUAAUUGAAAAUUUCAUUCCACGGAGAGUCAUGGGAGUGCCGAUGGUCGUGGGAGGGAUUCUUUGUUGCCGCAUUCUCUCCUGCACAGUGAUAGACUUAGGUGCUCACGUAGGCGUAUAUACCCUUCUGGCGGGCGCUGUGGGCGUGCCUGCCGUUGCUGUGGAACCCGUGUGGGCGUCUGCAGUGAGGAUCCAUGCGGGAGCGCGGGCGGGCAAAGUGGAAGACAAAAUCACCAUUCUGCUGCACGCCGCCGCCCACGCCCGCGUCAGAGCUAAGCUGAGAUACAAACGUGGGAAUUUGGGAGGAACAUCAGUGCAAGAAAUAGGUUUUGCGGAAUACGAGAAGCUCAAGAAGAGGAGACCGAGGGAUGUGGUCACGACGGUCUCUCUCAACGACCUCGCGCCCUUCGUCAACACGUCGGUGGUCGUUAUCAAGAUCGAUAUCGAAGGGUGGGAGUGCCAGGCCAUCCUGGGCGGCACGGGCUUCCUGGCGUCCCACUUCGCGCCCUACGUCUUCAUGGAGUGGGCGGUCGUGUCCAACAACCGCCAUAAGUACCACGCACCCUGUCGGCCCGCCCACUUGCAGAGAAUGAUCCAGUGGUUCGCCUCGAGGGGCUACCACGCCCACAUCUCCAAAUCGGGCGUGGAGCUGAACCCCGCCCGCUUGGAGACGUGGCGGGCGGGAGACAUCUACUGGAGGCAUCGCACGGCGCCCAGGCUGCAGCAGCACGGGUAGUGGGGAGACGCCGUUCCCUCGUGGUUGAGACACUUCGCUUUUUGGUUCUUUGUCUAUCUUUCUUUGCUUUUUUCUUUUUUCUUUAUUUAUUUUUCAUUGGUUU